AUGAUGUAAAAAUAAUUGAAUUAAAAUUCGUCUUUAUAUGACCUAUGGGUGAUGACUGCAAUUUUUGUGAGAGGACAAUUUGUUUGUUCAUAUGCCUUUGAAAUUUAUCUAUUGAUAAUAAACUCUCUCCAAACUUUAAUGAUGGUUAUUCAUCCAACAUUUACACAAAUAAAGGAUUUUCAUGUAAAUUCAUCACUAGAUCUAAUAUAUACCUUUAUAAUUAGGACAGAGAUUUAUAUUUUCAUAAAUUAAAAAGUUUAAGAGGAACUAAUAUAUUUAUUUAUUUUGGUAGUGAUAUUAAUAAGUAAAAUAGGCUUUAUUUUAUUAAUGUUUAUUUUAAAACAUCGUUAUCACUCAGAUAAAUUUGGGUAAUUAAUUUAAUAACAUUUACCUUUACAAAUUUUUGUUAGAAUUUAAAGCUACUAUUAAUAAUUACUAUGUCCUGUUUUUAUUAUUCCAUUUAAUACUAUCAUAUUAUUAUCAAUCAAGAGAAGUGUCACUUUAAUCUAAUCUAAUUAAUCAAUAUAAUAUGUUAAUUUAACAUUCCAAAUUAUCACAUUCAUAUUAUUACAAAUAGAUUAAAUUAUGAUUUGUUCAAUUAAUAGACAACCCAUAACAUUUAAAUUGAGGCCUAUGGAAAGAUCAAAAGUUACAUAAUCACAUUUAAUUAUAUAUAUUUUUUCAACUAUUUCAGUCAUAUUAUUUACCCUAAUUGAAAAUACUCAAUCUAUUGCAAUUAUUCAAUAUAUUUUAGUGUUUUUUAUUUAAUUAGUAGCAAUUAGAAAUUAAUUUACAAAUUCUAUUUAUAUUUAUAGAUAUUAAGAAAUUAUCAUUUAUUCUGGUUAUCUCUUUUAAUUGCUUUUUUGCAUCCUUAAAUUUAUUGAAAACUUUACUGAAACUACUAAUUAUACAUUCUUACUAUUAAUUAUAACUCCAUUAAUGUUAGUAUACAUUCUAUCGAAUAUAAAUUAAAUAAAAACAUAAGAGUUUCUAUUAUUAUUUAAAUCUACUAAUAUUUCAAAUAUAAAAAUAGUUAUGAAUGUUUUAAUUUGUAUGCUUAAUAAAUGUGAUAUCAGUGAUAAUUAUGUAGUUAUUAGAUCCUCAUUGAUAAAUUAUUUUCAUACAAAGGAAUGUCUACAAAAAUAAUGUUCAUGCACAACUACAUUUUAUAUAGCAGAACCAAGAUAAGCUAAUGCUAUAACAGGAUAGAUAUUUAGAAACUUUAUAUUUGAAAAGAUAUCUCUAAUUAAAAAGAUUAUUAAUAAGAAAAACUCAGAAUUUUAUUGUAAUUAAGAAUUACUAAUUCAAUAUGCUAUAUUACUUAAUGAUUUUGGUUGGACAAUGUUAGCUGCCAAAGCUUUUAAUAAAAUAUUAAUUAAUGAUACUGUCAAUCCUCUCAUUAAUUAAAAUGCUAAUGUUUAAUUUGAUAAAACUACUAUUUAAAAAUAAAAUAAAGAAAUGACCAUAAGAUCUACUACUUAAUUAUAUAAAAGGUUUAAAUCAUUAGAUUCAUAAAAAGAUAAAGAAAAUGCUAAUGAGAUGAAAUUGUAUUUUAAAAUUAGUUUAGGAAUUAUUGAUAGAGCAAGGAUUAUAUAAUUAUUUAAUUAAACAAAAUGGAAUCUGAAAGCUUCUUUUGGUUCUUCAUUAUAAGCAGCCUAAUAAACAUUUAUUUCUGACUCUAUUAAUUAAUAUUUAAAUUAUGAAUUAAUAAUAUAAAGAGUCAAAUAAAUGAUAAUAAAUCUUAUUAAUUCAAAAAUAUCAUUUUUUUCUGAAUUAAUAAAAGAAUAAUAAUAAUUUGAUUUAAAGAAAUCCUUAAAAUAAACAAAUGAUCUUUGUAAUAAUCUAAAUUAAACAGAGAAUUAUAUUAAAAUUUAAUUUGAGAAAUAUCCAAGUGUUAGAUUAUAAAAAGCCUUAACAUUUUUUUUAGCUGAAUUAUAUAGUAAUUACAUUGAAGCUAAUAAAGUUUAUAAUUAUUCUAUUAAUGGAGAUCUAAAAUUUAUUUAAAAUAAUCAUUCAGCUUUAAAUUUAACAUAAUAGUAGAGUGCAUAUGUAAUCUUAUCAUUAAAAGAAGACUUAAAGUAAUUGGAAGUUUAAACAAUCUCAAAUUAAAUGUUAAAUUUAAUAGGAAAACCCAAUUAAUAAAAUACUUGUUUUCGAGAAAUAUUACCAUUAUUCUUUUAUUAAUAUCAUCCAUUAAUGGUUAACAAUUUUUUAUCAACCGGUAAAUCUCGAUAUUAUAGAAACUUUAGUCCUAAUUUUGUAAAUUAACAUGAUUGUUUAGUAAAAGGUAUAUAAUUAUGCUAUGAUACAACAUCAGUUUUUCAUCAUUCUUAAUUGGUUUUUGUUGCAUUCAUUUAAGAAUUAGUUUAUGAAAAAUGUUAUAUAAUAGUUGAUGGAUUUGAUAAAAGUUUUGUUAGUUUAUCUUUAAAUUUUCUAUAGAAAAUAGGUUAUGAUGAUAAUUUAAUUUUGAAAAUGGUAAAACAUAAAUAUUUGAAUGAAAUAUCAAUUUAUAAUAUCUUUCCAUAAUUUGAUGAGGCAUUGUAAAAACAAUAACAUGAUAAUAGACUUUUGGUUGAGAAAUUAUUUUUUUUUGAUUAUCUUAAGGUACGUAAAUCAACAAUUAUGGAAGAUAAGGAGAAAAGAAUGUCCAAUUUAAAUCCAAUUAUUUGGAAAUAAAAAGAAAAAGUAUUAUCUUUUAUAGCUAAACUCAAUAUAUUUGAAAGAAAUCAUUAAGAUUUUUCUUAUUAUAUAAUAGAAAUUUAAGAUUUAUAAUAAUUAAGUGGCUAAAAUAAUAGCACUAUUAUAGAUGAAGUUUAUAACUAAGAAUCAUUUUUAUCUGAAUCAUCAAAUAUAAGUAAUAGUUAAAAUUGUGUAAUCAGUUAAAUUGAAGAUGAUCAUCCAAAUUAAAUUUAUAUACAAGAUCUAAAUAAUUAAUUAUCUCUUUUUUCACCAUUAACAACUUUGUUUAAUAAUAAUGGUGAUUAGAGUACUAGAUAACUACAAACACAAAUAAGAGAGACUACUCAAAAUUAGGUAAUUGAAAAUUUAUUAAAUUAAUAUGAAAUCAAUAAAUCACCUUAAAAAAUUAAAAAGAAAUAAGAAUAAUAAACAUUUUAUAAUUGUAAAUUAUCUCAUUUAGUACCUUAUAAGGAUUAAUCAUCAAUAAAAUCUGAAGAAUAAAAUGAUGAUAAAUAAUAAUAAUAAGAUAAAUAAGAAUUAUAAUAAUAAUUACAAUAAGCUUAAUCAUAAUCAUCUGUAGCAAGCAUUAAUUAAUCUCUAUAUUAUAAAAAGUAUGAGUUAGUUGAAAAGAUUACUUCAUAAAAACCUCCUUUAAAAAUCAAUUAAUUUAUUGGAUUUUUAUUAAUUUAAAAUUUAAUUCAAAUGAUUUAUUUCAUUAUAAUUUUAUCAUUAAUGCCAACUGAUUUGGAUAAUAGUAUUGUUGAAAUAAAUAUGAUAGGUCUUCACUCAGAUGUAAUGGCUCCACAUGAUCUUUAUUUUUCAAUGAGAGUUACAUUAUCAUCUUAUUAAUAAGCCUUAAAUGAAGGAUUCAUAAAUAAAACUUUAUUUGUUCAAUUAACAGAUCCUUAUUAUGAUAACAUUUUUCAUGGAUAUCAAGAAUUCAAAGAUAGUUUAUAUAAUUAAUUAAAUAAUCCAUAUUUAUAAUUAUUUUAUAAUGAUUAUGAUAUGAAUAUUACAUACAUGAAGGAUAAUGAUUCUUCAAUAAUUUAAAAAUAAAUGACUUUUAGAGAAGUAUUAUUAGUUGUACUUCAAUAUUAAUUUGCAUAUGCUAAAAAGUAUGGAAAGAGAGAAAGUCCAAGUGGGUCUACUUAUUAAGUAUUUCUUUAUGCUAAUUACUUUGAUUUACAUGAUUUAUUAACAUAAAUCAGUGAUGAGAUUUUUAUCUAUUCAAAAGAAAGAUCAAUAAGUGUUAAUCAAAAAUGGACUAUAUUUUGGUUGAUUUCAAUUCUAAUAGUAAUAUGUGCAAAUAUGAUAUCAUUUUUUUAUUACAAUCAAUAUUUAGUCCAAUAUGAUAAGUUUUUAUAUCUCAUGGAUUAUUUGUCUUAUGAUCGUUUGGAAAAUGAAAUAAUAAAAUUAAAAUCUAUAUUAUCUUAGAUUCUUCAUGAUGAAAAACUGAUUUUUGAUUAUUAAUUUAGUUUUGAAUAUUGUUAGAAUAAAAUUUAGAAUGGAAUUAAAAAUAAUUCAAUACAUAAAAAAAAUAAUAAAUUAAAGAAAAUAUUUAAGGUAAGUAGAUUGAAACCUGCAUUAAUUUUAUUUAUAUUUUGUGCUAUUUUUGUAUCUUAUUCAACAUUAGUUGAUUAAUCAAAUUAAACUUUUUUUGAAAAAUAUCUAUUAACAAUAGAUUUUUUUAAAUUAAUUUCUAAUUUGAAACUUAGAUCAGGUAGUGUUCUUAUGUAGAAAGAGAUAUUUUAUAGAUGGGAUAAUUUUACAUAUCUAACAUAAAAUGAUAAAUAAAAAUUACAUAUAUUAAUCAAUGAAGCACUGAUAAUAAUGAAUGAAUAUGUAUUGUAUGCUAAUUCUUUUGAUUUUGACCAAUUAAUUGUCACUUAGACAUUCAUUGAUUAUUAUCAAAAUGUAGAGACUGAAAAUUUAUGUGAAAUUUUAACAGAUGUAUUUGUAUUUAAUUUUGUAGAACUUUAAAAAAUUUAUGUAUAAUUAAUGUAAUCUAGCCUUUGAAGGAACUUUAAAGCAAGGAACUAUAUAGAGUUUAAAUUAUAUUACCAACUUAAUUAAAGCAGAAUAGGCAAUCAAUAAUUUCACCAGUAGACUAACAUUUAAUCUGUAUGAACAAGAAGGUUCCUAAGUUAUAACUAGAAUAUUUAUAUAAUUGAAUGAUUAAUUGUCAUAUGGAAUUGAAGAAAUAACUAAGAUGUAGCUGUAGUUUAGUAAGGUAGAUUUUAAAUAUUGACUUAGUCUCUUUCAAUAGUAUAUUUUGUGAUUGCAUUAACUGGAUUGAUAUUAAUUGCAAAGUUUUUAAGAUAGUAUUUGAUUUUUGAAUAUUAUCUAAUAAAGAAAAUAGUUAACAUAAUCCCAUUACAAAUAUUGAUUGAAGAUGAAUCUUAUGAAAGAUAACUUAGAUUAUUGUUACAAUAAUAAGAAAUAGUUUGA